AUGGGUCACGCUGCUGGUCUUCGCGCGGGUACGCGCUAUGCGUUCUCGAGGGACUUCAAGAAGAAGGGAAUGAUCCCUCUCUCGACCUACCUCAAGCAGUACAAGGUCGGCGACAUUGUCGAUGUCGUAGCCAACGGUGCUGUCCAGAAGGGUAUGCCCUACAAGGUCUACCACGGCAAGACCGGUAUCGUCUACAACGUCACCAAGUCCGCUGUCGGCGUCAUCCUCCAGAAGCAGGUCGGCAACCGAUACAUGGAGAAGCGCAUCAACGUCCGCGUCGAGCACGUCCGCCACUCCCGUUCGCGAGACGACUUCCUCAAGCGCGUCAAGUCCAACCUUGCCAAGCAGCAGAAGGCCAAGGAGACCGGCGAGCCCCAGCAGAUGAAGCGCAUCGCGGCUCAGCCCAGGGAUGCAAGGACUAUCAGCAUGACGGACAACAAGCCGGAGAACAUCACACCUGUUCCUUACGAGACAACGAUCUAGACGUGGAAAAGGUGCUUGUUUGCGGGCGACAAAUGGGAUACGGAUGGUCAAACGGCGUGGUUUCUCGGAUCUCUCAAUUAUUCUCUCUUCUGCACUUUCACUAGCAUUGAAAGCGGCGACAUCAUGGUGCAGACAUGAAGGUGUGCCAACAUGGCUAUGAGUUACCCCUCACACCAAUGAAAUAUCAUCCUCCAGUCCCAGUCUCACUUGCAACUUUCGUCUGCACUUACGUUGGUUUUCCUUUUUUUGUGACUAUGCUAAGACCUCUGCCACUUGCAAAUUUUAAGUUGUCUCCAUCAUAUCGCUUCUUCACAAACAUAUUGUUGUAUGUUAUUCGAAUGGUUAUAUGGCCUCUACUCUAUAUUUAGUAUUCAAACUCCCGAACAUAUCCUGAAU